AAUUCAUUGAUACAACAAUGCACAGUUAAUUUCGUCUUAUGAAAGUCAUGUCCGACGAGCAUGACUUAGUAUGUGGUGCUAGUGCUGAACUAAACGAUGAUAGGGAACAAGAUGCAGUUGUAUUCGAUAAUCUGAAGACUACUAAUGACUUUGAACAAUCAAGUGCCAAUAAUACGUCUGUAGAAACGACCAGUGCCAUAAGUGAGGAGAAUAAAGAUGCAAAUGAGAAGAGCAGUGUACAUGAGACGAAAGAUAAAGCAACUAUCAGCUGGUCUCUUGAAGGAACUGAGUUCAAGGUGUCGUGGAAUUUACCGGAGGGGGCUGCCACGUCUAAAGAUUUCAUCGCACUAUGCUGGGCAGAGACGUCGGAGCCGGUCAGCGUGGUCGGGCGCGUGCCGGCCAGCGGAUGUGCCAGCGGCGACAUAAUGUGGCUUCUUAAUGAGCCCAAUCAGCCUUAUGAAGAUUGCGAACAACUGUUAUGCUUCCGGUACUACAAUGGUGAGGGCGAAGAAUGCACGGCGGAGUCAUCAACACUGCCGCCGCGUUUUAAAGUUGACCUCAAGAAUCUCCCGAAUCGACUCAAAGAGGGCAUGUCCAGAAAACGAAGCGGCGACCAAGUCUCGCCCUUCUCCUAUAACAAUGAGAGCUUUGAGAUGAACUCAGAAAGUCCUCGAGUGGAGUUCGUGGCAGGCACGAGCCACGAUAUCGGACACCUCAGCGAGAACGUCGAUAAAUGCUCAAUUAGUCCUUUAGAAAAUAACGGGAACAAUCUCGUACAAACAAAAUGUGAUCCUAGUAAAACCCUAGCUAAUAGUUUAAGUAAAGAAUCUCAAAAUAUGAGUAGUGAAUCUCAGAGUGCUAUAGAUUGUAGUAAACCAACGACGUCGGGUGUUAAAAAGAAGUGUCCGCCGCCUGUUGAUACGGGGGGCGGUCAGUCCGUCAAUGGAAUGAAAAAGAAUAAAUCGAAUUGUGGCUUCGAAUCGCCAACCUCGCCCGGCACCGAGUACUAUAAAAUUUGGUCACCAAAGAAUCCCUGUAAAAUUAUGAAGUUUGUCUAUGAUGCAGAAAGUGCGAACGUGCCAAGCGACGCGGAAAAGUCACCGGUUCCACCUUUACCACCGAGACAAUCACAUAAACCGUUGGAGAGAAUGCACGCGUUAUCACCUCCCCAAGUGCCUAGACAUAGAAAACCCAAACGGCUGACGAAACCAGAAGAUGCCUUCACAUUUGAACUGAUCGAUACGGACGAGCAGUUUUUUACAGACAACAAUAUUGCUAAUUCUGCGACCAUGCAGGCCGAUAUUAAUGACUUUAAGCCUGGAGAAUUUUAUUCAGCUAAUCAGACAGCUAUGUCCUCGACGACCAGUUUCUGGCGUGGAGGACCAAACGUCGCACCCCUCGCGACCCCUGAAACAGACGGCAGCUUGUGUGAGUCUACUGUUUCCUCUAUGAAAUUAGCCAAGAUGAAUGAAGAAAAGAAACUCAAGCAGACGAAAGAAAUACCCGAAGAGUCACCCGGAGUUAGUAUGAAUAAAGUUUUAUUUAUAAAAGAUAUAGGGCCUGACAAUUAUAUAACGACGACUUUUGUUAGAAAAGAUAAAGUCUCGCCACCCACCGAUGUCGUCGACGGUGUUAGCGGAGUGUUCAGUCAUACAGCAUCCGGAGAAAAAUUGCAAAAUAGUUUUCUAAAUGAAAUAACCAACCAUACUGAAUUCGAAGACGAUAACAGAAAUCAAAUAGAAGAAAAGGAAAUAGUUACAAAACGACAUAAGCCGUUGACGAGGCAAAACUCUGGUAGGGCGAACACCCCAACUAUGAUGACCGCUUUCCUAAACUCGUCCCACAUCGAUGUUCCUAACAAAGAGACUGAUAACAGCAGUUCGAAUGCAGCGAGUUCUUGUAACUCUUCACAUUCUAAUUCACCCGUAGAUGACGUAAACAAAUCGUUCCCAAGUGUCGGAACAUUGUUGAUGAAUCGAAAAUACUCAGGCGACAGUUGUACCCCAAAACAUUCUAGCUUACCUCGACACUUACUAAAGAGUCUGGGAGGGGAGGGAACCCCCAAACAUUCCCCUCACAAAACUGCGGUCUCAAAAAGCAACGCUGAAAGUCCUGUGCGUCCUCACCCAAGGGUUCUAACUAGAGUGGCUGCGUUGGCUGCUUCUGCUGUACCGCAAUGUCCGCCUACUCCAACACAUCACGCCAGAAGACCCAGGCCCUUACCGCCCUCGGACUUACACCCGCCUCCGGUACAAAACAACGAGAGCAGACUACAUGACAAUUUUGAAAUGGUCGAAUUUACAAAUGAAUUAAGAACUUCGGAGAUUCGAUCGCCUAAUCUUGAAUUCGUGAAUAGUAAUCACUUCACGAUAGUUCAUGCUGGGCCACCUGAAGACGUAGUGCUUAGGCGACCACGGCUAGAAGACAAUGAUGACAAUGACAACGCUGUUGCCUCGCCCACUCCUCUGAGACACAUGGCAGGAAUUAGACUCCCUUCGAUUCCCGAAAGAGCUUCACGGCAAAUGGCGCUAACGGGAGAUUUUCCUGCUAAUAUGAUAGGUGGUAUCAUUGAAUGUGAAGAGCCUUUACCUCCAGGCUGGGAAGCCCGCAUGGAUAGCCAUGGAAGAGUAUUCUACAUUGACCACGUAAACAGGACUACCACGUGGCAAAGACCCGGGGUCAAUGGCACGACUCCUAGGUCACCUGCACCUGAAGUACAAAGAAGACAACUAGACCGAAGGUAUCAGUCGAUACGGCGCACGAUGACCCGCACUCAGCUGUCGGAGGAGGAGCUGUCUCCUCCCCCCGCGCUGCCCGCCCUCCCCGCGGCCCCGGGCACGUCCCGCGCCGAACCGCACGCGCCUCACCCCGCCGCGGACUUCCUGGCCCGACCCGACUUCUACUCCAUACUGCAUAUGAAUCAGGAAGCAUCGGUCCUUUACAACUGUAACUCAACCCUGAAGCACAUGAUCUCGAAGAUUCGCCGGGACACGUCUUCAUUUGAACGCUACCAACACAACAGGGACCUCGUGGCUCUGGUCAAUAUGUUCAGCGAGACCGACCGGGACCUCCCGCUGGGAUGGGACACGAAACUAGACAGGAAUGGCAAGCGCUUCUUCGUGGACCACGUGAUGCGGCGCACGACGUUCAUGGACCCUCGUCUGCCGCGCCCGCCCCCCGCCGGCCCCUUCUCCCCCCUGCUCCGCCAGCGCCGGGCGAACCUACACGAGCAGGCGCCGACACCCCCUCCCAGACCUCCAGUAUCGGCGGCAGACGCGCAUCUACACUCCCAGCCUGAAAUACCAAUAGCUUACAACGAUAAGGUGGUGGCGUUCCUGCGGCAGCCGAACAUCAUGUCCAUACUGCGUGAGCGCUGCGGCGGCUGCGGCGCGGCGUUGCGCGACAAGGUCAAUGCCGUGCGGCUGGACGGAGGCGCCGCGCUGGCGCGCUACCAACACGACGUGCAGCUCACCUGCAUGCUCAGCCUGUUCGAGCAGGAGAUCAUGAGUUACGUGCCGGCUAGCGGGUGCGGGGCAGGAGCGGCAGCGGGCGCGGUAGCGACAGCGGGCUCUUCGCCGGCCGCCUCGCCCGCAGCCACGCGGAGCACCCGGGCUGCCGCACCGCAACGACGGGACUUCGAGGCCAAACUCAGAGCGUUCUACAGGAAACUAGAGAGCAAAGGAUACGGCCAAGGACCCGGGAAAUUAAAAUUGCACAUUCGAAGAGAACAUCUUCUCGAAGACGCCUUCCGAAGGAUAAUGUCGUGUGGAAAGAAAGAACUUCAGAAGGGAAAGCUCUGUGUUAUAUGGGACGGCGAGGAAGGCCUGGAUUACGGUGGGCCAAGUCGGGAAUUCUUCUUCCUACUGUCCCGGGAACUGUUCAACCCUUAUUAUGGACUGUUCGAGUACUCAGCCAACGAUACCUACACGGUUCACGUCUCGCCCAUGUCCGCCUUCGUGGACAAUCAUCAUGAAUGGUUUCGUUUUUCGGGUCGUGUGUUGGGCCUGGCGCUGGUGCACGGGUAUCUCCUGGAGGCGUGGUUCACUCGCGCCCUCUACCGCGCGCUGCUGAGGCUGCCUCCUGCGCUCGAGGAUGUGGACGCGCUAGAUGCACAAUUCGCGGCGUCCCUGCGGUGGCUGCAGUCGGCCCGUUGCGUGUCGUCACUGGAGUUAACGUUUGCCGUGUCGGAGCGGUUGGCGGACGGGAGGGUGUUGGAGAGGGAAUUGAAACCGGGAGGACGCGACGUCGCCGUCACCGAGAGGAACAAGAAGGAAUAUCUAGAACGAGUCGUCCGAUGGAGGGUGGAGAGGGGAGUCGCGGAGCAGACCGAGUGGCUCGUGCGAGGGUUCCACGAGGUGGUGGACCCUCGGCUGGUGGCCGCGUUCGACGCCCGCGAGCUCGAGCUCGUGAUAGCCGGCGCGCCCGAGCUGGACGUCGCCGACUGGAGGAACCACACGGACUACCGCGGCGGCUACCACGACGCGCACCCAGUCAUACUCUGGUUCUGGCAGGCCAUCGACAGGUUCACAAACGAGCAGCGGCUGAGGCUCGUGCAGUUCGUGACGGGCACGUCGUCCAUCCCGUACGAAGGGUUCGCGGCGCUGCGCGGCUCGACGGGCCCGCGACGCUUCUGCGUGGAGCGCUGGGGACGCGUCGAGUCCCUGCCGCGAGCGCACACCUGCUUCAACCGCCUCGACCUGCCGCCCUACCCCACCCCGCAGCUGCUCUACGAGAAACUCCUGCUCGCCGUCGAGGAGACCAACACCUUCGGCAUCGAGUAGUCCCCUGACCGACAUGAUCUGCACUCUUAGCAGAAGUCAAAAAUUCAAUUUCGGAUCCUACAGAUGUAAAUGUAGUGGCUUUUAAAAAACUACAAUCACAGAACAGAGAAAUAAGUCUACGGGUUAAAAUAUUUGGGAACUAAGGCUAACUAGAUCCACUUUUGUGUGAAUUAAUUUUCCAGCCAUCGGAAGAUCAGAUAGUGUUGACGAUUUUCGAAGAGUUCGUCGUCCCCGGCACAAUGGCUGUGUAUAAUCGUUACUGGAUCCCUUGUCGAAGUGUAAAUAAUUAGUCAAUUUGUAGUGUAGCCGACAGACAAAGAUAGAUUUAAGAUCAAAUUUAAUAUUAUUUAGACAUGCCUAGACAUUUAUCGGUGUAAAUUGCUGGCCACUUGUCUUACGGUUUGUACUUUAUGCUUUUAAUGUAAUGUAUAUUGUGGCUGUGAAAUGGGACUCAUAUCCUGUAUUUAGAAUAUUACGCUUGUUGUCACUAAUUUAUUAAACCACUGAUAAUUAAUAUUAUUUAACCAAGAAUAAAGAGUAAAAAAGUAUUAAAAUUUGCUCACGUGUGGAAUUAAUAUAAUCCUGAUCACCCUAUACAACCGACAAAAAACAUUUUAAGCUUUUCCCACUACAGCAGUAAACUGAAAUGUUGACAAUGACAAAGUUAUGUUAUUUAGAACAGCAAGAAUCUCAUACAUUUAUUUAGAACUAAAAAAGUUGUCAUAGCUAUCUUUCUAAAUCUGAGAUAACUGGAUGAAGUCAGAAAACAGCAAAAGACGCAUAAUGAUUUAAGUUGUCACAAUUGCAAUACAGGUGGUAUGAUGAUAGAAAGCACUGCACUUUUCCACAGGCCAUCUUUAUUAAAGAUGAUUAAAGACUAAUAAUACUAAUCACAAAGUCAUUUUAAAACUUAUUUUAAUGACUUUUGCUGUUGUAUAUAAAAUGACUUGCACUAUAUAUCUAGGAAAUAUGCCCAUCAUGUAAUUUUAAGAUUAUUUAUUUUUUUCUAUUCAGAGGGCAGACAUGCGAGUCCAGAAUGUUACUGUUCACUAUCAUUCACAUAUAUAGCACUCUCGGGAAUGACAGAGCUGCAACUUACCAUUAUAAUAAAAUUUUAAUGUUCCUCUAUUUAUGUUAUCUUUAUAUUCCACAAGAAUUUGUUAGUAAUGGUUGUCAUGUCAUAGUAGUUUUUGUUCAUAGAACAAUCUACCAAAUUAAUUUUCAUUUGUAAAUAAAUUAUUUAUUGCUCUUAUUUUUCCCUAAAACUUGUAUGUAAUGUAAUAUCGUGUUGGUUCUGUUUAAGAUCUAUGUUAAAAUGUUAUUAAUAUCCCAUGUAUUUGUUUCAUUAUCAGUAACUUGUAUUUUUAUGUGUGAAAGUGAUAAAAUGUGUCAACAGUAAAAUAUAUCUAUCUUACUAUUUGUUUUAUUGUGACCUAUUUCUGUACCCAUCCUGUAGUUUUAAAUGAAUAUAAAUUUCGAUGAUUUACCACGAAAGAAAAUAUUCAUUCACAAGAUUAUAGUAUCAAAAUUUAAAAUGUAGGGGGGAGGCAUUUGGAUAAGAGGACAGCUCAAGAAUUUAAAAAUAACCAAGAAAUGUAUCACACAUACAAAAUGUUUAUUUACUCAAGAAGUUCGUGUAACAACAAAUAUUAACCUUGUUCUUUUUGACCUUAUCUUUAAAAUAUAACUAUUUACAGUUCCCAGUCUGCAUUUGUCAACACAAACUCAUGAUAUAAAAUGCAAGGGUUAUUUCUUCACAAAAUACUAUACUAACUUGUGACGGAGUAGAUUCAAACUCAUCCAUAGCUUGUCGUCAGUCUGAAGGUUGAAAUCUUAUUAUCACCGAUUACUCAACCAGUAAAAUGAAAAGCUGGUGUGAUUACAAUAUAAUAAAAGCUAUUGUUAUAAAUCCACAAUAAUAAGUAUGUAGCAGUAGUAUGUGUAUCAAAAAAUAAAACUUAAACAAGACGAAUCCUCCCCCUUUACUCCUUUCCACAGAAACAUGUCAAUCCCCAGGCAGCGUUGCAAGUUAUAAUCAACUCACAAAAUUUAGAGCCAAUAACUACGUAGACUGAUUUCAAUGUAAUACAAUACACACUCUUGUAAAUAUAUUGUAUAUUUACUUCAAAAAUAACAGUACAUACAUUAUAAUUUGUAACUCUAGCUUCGAAAGGGAGAAGAAUCUAGACUCACUGCGAGUCUAGCUGAGAGAGGGGAAAUCCUUGCUGUCGUCGACCUUCGGCGGCGUCACGUGGUGACGCUGUACCGGGCGCUCCUCCACGACCGGCGGCUCCUCGCGCGGCACUCCUCGUCCGCGACCCCGGCCCCGUCCGCGGCCUCGCCCGCCCACACCGCCGCGCCUCGCACCGUCACUAAAUGUGAACUCAAUGCCCAACAAACGCUUCUGGCGACCCACGCGCUGUGGAUAGUCGGCCAGAUCGUAUUCCUCGUCAGUUUCCUCAUCAUCACCACGGUCACCUUCCUUCUUGCGUUCCAACAGAACCAGGUUUUUCCACUGGCUCAAGUCUUCACCCUCACCUGCCUUCCUCAAAUUGUACUGCGGAGCGGUGCGUUGCGCGUUGCGUAAAGCCUUGUAUUCAUCGAGUGUCAACUCACGCGGUUCUUCCUCAGCGGGCACUGCACGUUCAGUUUCAGGCACUUGUCCAUCGCCAGCGCCGGCUUCAGGAGCCUUCUCUUCAGUAGUUUCACCCUCAGAACCGGUUUUGUUCAACUCGUCGAGAUCGUCCUUGAUCGUGCCCCAGUUGUGGGGACCUGCGCCCUCCCUCUUGUCGACUGAUUUCACACCGGUUUUGUCAGAGCCGGAUCUUCGGUCGAACUCACGUUUGCCUCUAUUGUCAAAAGAACGCGGCCCGCGCGGUCCCUCACGAGGCUCACGCGGUGGUCUUGGUGGACCGCGACGCUCUGCACCGUCCUGGUUGUUGUCGUUGAAAUUGCGGCGCUCGUUGAAGUUAGGCCGACGAUCGCCGAACUCGCGUCUCGGUGGCCGCGGAGCUCCUUCCUUGUUUUCUGCGGUACCGUUCUGCGGCCGAUCUUCACGACGACGCGGAGGCGGACGCUCAACAUUACGAUCGACCGGGCGUGCAGGUCCCUUACCCUUCUGUUGUUCUCCACUUUUGAUGUCUUGAGACUUCACAUUUUGAGUUUCCUUAAUGCCCUUCCGGGUGGGAACGGUUACGCCUUUAGCGGGCUUGGGUUCAGGCUUGCCUUUGUUCUCUUUUUCGGCUUCUUUGGUCUUCUUUUUGAGCUCCUUCGCCUGCUCUCGCGCUUUUAACGCAUCAAGAGGAUCGGUCUCAUCGUCCAAGAAAAGAGCGUAUCUGUUCACUACUCCCACACCGUAGGAAUUCUCCAUUGUGAUCCUCUUGAUGAUUUAAUCACACAAUAUUUAGAUGUUAUUGGAUUACUUUCCGCGCACUAGUAAGGCGACAUUUUGUCUUAUUUUAUUGAUUUCAUUUAAUAUGGCGGACCGAUUCGAACAACUACUACGCCAUAUGACGAAAA